AUGUCCACAUGGAAAACAAGGCUCGCCAAAAGACUGAAAUCUCCAUCUAGAAGGAUGCAUCCAUUUCCAUGUUCAGCUCUGCUGGCCUGUUUUGGGAAUACGAGGGAGAAUGCUCCAUGCGAUCAGCCCAUAGUGCCUGAUACUCAUUCCACCAUCUAUGAUCAGCCCAUGGCCAAAGCAUGUCGACACCCAAGUCACCCGAAAGGGGAAGAAGGGACUCCAGAGAAAAGGCGAGAUUCCGGCACCCAUUUAGACAGAAAUGGCAAUGCAAAUCGGAAUUCAAGUAACCACACUGCUGUCCAGCCUGCUGAGAUCUUUGCGGAUAUGCCUGGGUCUCCAGAUGGUGAAUUGGACUGUGAAGUAGUUACUUUUCAGACUUCUAUCCCCAGACCAUCAGUUAUUGAAAUGCCAAUGGAAGAAGAGGAAUCCCAAGAAAAACCUAGAUGCCUUCAGCUGGAACAUAAGAUGACAUCAGACAGCCCGUUGGAGGAUCCUGACCUUAAGGACUCAUAUCUCAUUCCCAGAAACAUCAUGGCUGAGCCAGACUAUAUAGAAGAUGACAAUCCUGAACUAAUUAGGCCUCAGAAACUUGUCAAUCCUGUCAAAACAUCCCGCAACCAUCAAGAUCUUCACAGAGAACUUCUUAUGAAUCAGAAAAGGGGUCUUGCCCCUCAGAAUAAGCCAGAACUGCAGAAGGUGAUGGAAAAAAGAAAACGAGAUCAAGUAAUAAAGCAGAAGGAAGAAGAAGCACAAAAGAAGAAAUCUGACUUGGAAAUAGAACUAUUAAAACGGCAGCAGAAGUUGGAGCAGCUUGAACUUGAGAAGCAGAAACUGCAAGAAGAGCAAGAAAACGCCCCAGAGUUUGUGAAGGUUAAAGGCAAUCUUAGGAGAACAGGCCAAGAAGUGGCCCAAGCCCAGGAGUCGUAGGCCCACGCCUCAGAGACCCCAAGGAAGCUGUGAGCAGGCAUCUCCUCAAUUCUUAAUCUCAGGGCAAAAGCCCCUGGGAGCAUCCCAGCCAGCAGAGAAUUGUUGCUUAAAAAAGGAUUUGGACUUGGUUCACCUACAGUCUGGGUGGGUAAAUUACCUGUGACAGUUGCAAUUCCUAUUCGCCAAACAAAGGACGUUGACCAGCACUUAGGUUGGGAUCUGGACCUGUGUUCAAAGACUUUUUUUAAAAAAAGGAAGAGGACACUGGAGUAAAUUCUUGAGAGUUGCACUACUUGGUUUUUCUUCCGAUCCAAGUUUAGUGGGGCACAGAGCCUUUUUUCUUUUAAAACCUAAAGAAAAUGUGUUUCAUUCUUCCUUUAGUUAUCUAUUAGAUAAUUUAGAUCACACAGAAAUACAUUUGAUCUGUUACAGUCAAUAUUCAUCAAUUCUAUUUUGAGAAUCCAAAUUUUCUUGUUUAAUUUAUACCUUCACCCAUGUUAGGAUUCACACCUGAGAAUGUUGAUGUUAAUGUUGAGCACAGCUAUCACCUUUAUUGACAUCAAUAGGGUGAGAAGGUUUAAAAAUAUGUAAACAGACAUACGUAAACAAAAAUACGUAAACGGCCAUUUUUAUCUUGUCUUAACUCCUUUUGGUUAUGGUUCAUGGUAACAUUCCAGUUAAGAGAAGGCACAUUCUAUAAACCCAUUUAUUGCUUUGAUAACUAUUAGGGUUUUUAAAAAUAUUUCUUGCUGAGCUAGCUCCUUUUAUAUAUGAAAUAAUCUCCGUAUCUUUUGGAGAAUGAAAGCUAGUCCACAUAACUGAACUUCAGUGUCAAAAGUAGAGAGUCCAAAUCUUUUGAUUCCUUCUGAGAGCAGUGUGGGGAGUGCUCCCAUUGGGAGCCUGGGAAGGAGGAAUGAUUUUAGUAUUUUAAUGUGAAGCAAACAUAGAUUGGUCUCAAGAGGCCUCGUUGGAAGAUUCAUAGCAACUGUACAUGUUGAAUGUUACCCAUUUCUUUUUUUUUUUUUCUUAAGAAGAAAGACUAUUUCCCCACUCUCUUAGUUAUGAUGAUGGUAUUGAUAACGAUGACGUUUUUGACUACUGUACUGCAUCUCAGGAAAAGCCCAGGUAAAGGGAGAAGCUGCUCAGUUUUCCCACCCUAGCAAGCUACUCAAAGUGAAGCCCAGGUUACCAGUAACAGCAGAGUUCUUAGACAUUUUAUACUGCUGGUAUGAUCCUUUCGACUUGGGUGGUCUGGAAGAAUUGGUGUGGAUUCAGUAUGUUCUCCCUAGAGACGAUUCAGCCAGUAAUUCCUACAUUGAAGACUCUUCUUAUAAUUCCUCUAAAAGCUUGUAGAAAGCUGGAUUCUGAGCUUCUGCAUUCUUAGUAAGCAUAGUAGAAAUUAGCUUUCUGUGGGAAUGCUUUAAUUUUUAUACUUAACAAUUAGGCUCAUAUUCAGUCCUGAUGUGAACAAGAUAAAAGUAAAUGCAAUGAUCGUAUACUGCUAGUUCAGGAAUAUGUGAAUUACACCUGGAAUGGAUGAUUUCUCUCAUCAGCAAGUAUUAUUUGAAUAAAAUAGGAGGUGCUUAAGAUAAGAUACUGCUCUAUAAUAGUUUGCUUUUGAAGGAUGGAACAGUAGCUAUUUUUCCCAUCAUUCUUCCUUAUGAGAGAAGAAAGUACGUUAACUGAUCAUCUUGAAAGUAUAUUUCUGAUUGCACAUUGACUGGAGUUCUUUCUUUGUGCAUAUGGACUAAUGAUGUGAUUUGUAAAAUGAGGAUUCAGGACUGGCCUUACAUACCCUUUAACUGCAUGCAAGGUCUUUAGAUCCUGUGUCCUUGAAGCAGUUCUGCCACCUGAUAAAAUUCUCAGGAGCUCUGACAGCCUCCUUCAGAAGGACCGGUUCUGUUCCUAGAACUUACCUAGAAUUCAUUCUUCCCUAGGAGAAAAUAAAUUACAAAAGCAUUUCCCUCCCAAUCUCACUCACAGAUCUUCAGAACUAUUUGUAGUUAGUGUACGAGGUCUGGCCAAAAGAAGACUUGUAAAUAGCAUACAGUGAUGUCUUAAGACUAAACAGUGGAAGGUCCACAUAGAGAAGCUCUUUGAAGUCAUCAGAUCAGCUUAGCUCACAGGCCCGAGUUUAAAAAGGCAUCAGUCUCCCCCACUCUUUAAUACUGCACAGUCCAAACCCCUAGGACUCAUGAACAUCCUGGCAGUUUGUGCUUUGAGCCACUUUUUUUACAAAAAUGGCUCCAUUUUUCCACUCUGUGGUUUUCUUAAACUAGUUCAGUGUUUUAUAGUCUCCUAGUAGUAAAGUAGUGUUGCUUUCUAAGCUAUAACAGUUGACUUUAUUCUUCUACUCUGAAAAAUCUUGACUUGUUUGAGUGUAUAUAAUAUAUAUUAAGGGAGCCUUAAUGGAUUUGUUUUCAUAAUUUAAUAUUUUUUGUAUUUGCUCUUGUAUAAUUGUUUUUAAUGGAAAGUAUUACAGAAUUGAGGGUGGAAUUCUUAGAGCCAAAGUUAUUCUUAAUAAAAAUCACCACUUGCUUGGACCAUG